CCUUCGCUGCCAUUUCUCCAUCUUCCUCCUCUCUCUGUCUCCCUGCCCCGUUAAGUAGAGAGAGAGAGAGAGAGGGCGCAGAAAGAGGGAAGCCCAGUGCUAGGACAAGCUUUUAUAAAUUUCCUCCUAAAGACUCUCUCUACUCUCUCUCUCUCUCUCUCUCUCUCUCUCUCUCUCUGUUUUUUUUUUUUUCCUUUGUUUUCUAUUUUCCUCUGCGGAGUGAGAGUGUUUUUAGAACGCGAAAGACUCUGUCUUUCUCCACAUUUCCUCCGCCAUGAUCUCGUUGAAUAGCAGUUUCCUGAGUAACACGAGCAUCUCAGGCUCGUGUAGCCCUUUCUCAGGGAAACAGAAAGGACUAGUACCUACAGCUCCUUCAACAUUAAAAGUAGUGGCUUUGAAUCCUAAUAGGGAUCGGAACGGCAGCGUUGUAAUGGAGAGCUCACUGCAGGAAAUCAGAGAUGGAGCUUCCGUACUUGACUUCGACUCUGACAAAGCCACCGUUACUGGUGGCGUUCGUGAUGUGUAUGGAGAGGAUACAGCCACCGAGGACCAGCUUGUCACGCCAUGGUCCCUUUCUGUUGCUAGUGGGUACUCUUUGUUGAGAGAUCCACAUCACAACAAGGGGCUUGCCUUCAAUGAUAAAGAGAGAAAUGCCCACUACCUGCGAGGCCUUCUUCCACCAGCAGUCGUUUCUCAGGAGCUCCAGGUAAAGAAAAUGAUGCACAUUAUUCGCCAGUAUCAAUUUCCACUGCAAAAGUACAUGGCUAUGAUGGACCUUCAGGAGAGAAAUGAAAAACUUUUCUACAAGCUUCUCAUUGAGCAUGUUGAAGAGAUGCUCCCUAUUGUUUACACUCCAACUGUUGGUGAGGCAUGCCAGAAAUAUGGAAGUAUCUUUGGACGUCCUCAGGGUCUUUACAUCAGUUUGAAUGAAAAGGGUAGAAUUCUUGAGGUGUUGAGGAACUGGCCUGAGAAGAAUAUUCAAGUUAUUGUUGUGACUGAUGGUGAACGGAUUUUAGGGCUGGGGGACCUUGGCUGUCAGGGCAUGGGGAUACCUGUGGGGAAACUUGCUUUAUAUACAGCACUUGGUGGAGUUCGUCCUUCAGCUUGCUUGCCUGUGACCAUCGAUGUGGGUACCAACAAUGAGAAGCUGUUAAAUGAUGAGUUCUACAUAGGGCUUAGGCAGAGACGAGCUACUGGACAGGAGUAUUCUGAACUGCUACAUGAAUUCAUGACUGCAGUCAAGAAGAACUAUGGUGAGAGAAUCCUUGUUCAGUUUGAAGACUUUGCAAAUCACAAUGCUUUUGAUCUGCUCGCUAAAUAUGGUACAACACAUCUUGUUUUCAAUGAUGAUAUUCAGGGCACAGCAUCUGUGGUCCUUGCAGGGCUUAUUGCAGCACUGAAAUUACUUGGUGGAACUCUAGCUGACCAUAAAUUUUUAUUUCUUGGUGCUGGAGAGGCUGGCACUGGAAUUGCAGAACUCAUUGCCCUUGAGAUGUCCAAAGAGAACAACAUGCCAGUGGAAGAGACUCGCAAGAAGAUUUGGCUUGUGGACUCAAAGGGUUUAAUUGUUAGUUCUCGUAUGGACUCGCUACAACAUUUUAAGAAGCCCUGGGCUCAUGACCAUGAACCUAUGAAGACACUUCUGGAUGCUGUCAAUGACAUUAAGCCAACAGUGUUGAUUGGAACAUCUGGAGUAGGAAGAACAUUUACUAAAGAAGUGGUUGAGGCUAUGGCCUCCUUCUAUGAAAGACCCAUAAUUCUUGCUCUAUCCAAUCCAACUUCACAGUCUGAAUGUACUGCUGAAGAAGCUUAUACAUGGAGUCAGGGUCGUGCCAUUUUUGCUAGUGGAAGCCCAUUUCCCGCUGUUGAAUACGAGGGGAAUACUCAUGUGCCUGGUCAGGCAAACAAUGCUUACAUUUUCCCUGGAUUUGGUCUGGGUUUAAUAAUGUCCGGCACAAUCCGUGUUCAUGAUGAUAUGCUUCUGGCAGCAUCGGAAGCUUUGGCUGCACAGGUGAGCCAGGAGAACUUCGACAAUGGACUGAUAUACCCACCAUUUACAAACAUCAGAAAGAUUUCAGCACAUAUCGCUGCCAAUGUGGCUGCUAAAGCUUAUGAACUUGGUUUGGCUACCCGUCUCCCUCAGCCUAAGGACCUUGUGAAGUAUGCUGAAAGCUGCAUGUACAGUCCUGCCUACCGAAGCUACCGGUGAAAGUGGCAGAAGUUAAAAUUCCCUUUCUGAUUCUAAACCUCCACCCCGUGAUGAUGAAGAAAAUUCAAAGAAAAAAAAUAGAAGACUAGAGGAUCACUUUUAGUCUGACAUGAAAAGCUGUUAUUCUUUGUUUUUUUCAUACCCUUUCUGAUUCAGUUUUUAUUAUUAAUGUCUUCUUUUGUGUUAUCCUGUAACUGCCAUUUGGCGGAAAAGUAGCACAAUAGGUGCUGGUAGUUGGAUCAACAUAGCAUGGAAAAGUUAUUGUGGACUUUCAAAAAAAGUUUCUCACACGGAAAUGAAAUUCAUUGGUGUUCUUUGACUUCUAA